AUGAAUAAAUUAUAUCUUGCUAUUAGUAUUAUAUACUUCAUUGGUUUCAAUGAUGGAGCAAGUCCACCAAAACAUCAGAGAAAUUUUAUGUUAACUGGUCGUGUUACAUUGUCUGAAGGUUCACCUACACCAAUCGAAUCAGGUGGAACCUUAACAGCUGAAUUACAAGACAUAUCAUUACCUGAUAGGCCAGCAAGAGUAGUUGCAAAAGGAACAAGUAAAGUUAUUCGAUUUCCAGUGGUAUUUGGAAUAAGUUAUUCAUCAAGUCAAAUUGUUGAUGGACAUACAUAUGCAUUGAAAGCCAAUAUUCGAAAUAAGCGUGGUGAAUUAUUAUAUACCAAUGAAGUUCCUCUUCAAGUAACAUCACUUAAUGUUGAUCUAGACUACCGCAUUGAAGUACCUGUUAGACUUGUUAAAGGCAAAGCAAAUCCUUCAACAAGUGGAAACUUUGUCUUAACUGGUCGUGUUACAUUUCCUGAAGGUUCACCUUCACCAAUAGAAUCAGAUGGAACAUUAACAGUUGAAUUGCAAGAUAUAUCAUUAUCUGAUAGGCCAGCAAGAGUAGUUGCAACAGGAACAAGUAAAGUCAUUCAAUUUCCAGUAGUAUUUGGAAUAAGUUAUUCAUCAAGUCAAGUUGUUGAUGGACAUACAUAUGCAUUAAAGGCCAAUAUUAGAAAUAAGCGCGGAGAAUUAUUAUAUACCAAUGAUAUUCCUCUUAGAGUAACAUUACUUAAUAUUGAUCUAAGGGAUCGUAUUGAAAUACCUGUUAGACUUGUCAAAGGCAGAGCAAAUCCUUCAACAAGUGGAAGACACUUUAUCUUAACUGGUCGCGUUACGUUUCCUGAAGGUUCACCAACACCAAUUGAAUCAGAUGGAACAUUAACAGUUGAAUUACAAGAUAUAUCAUUACCUGAUAGGCCACCAAAAGUAGUUGCAACGGGAACAAGUAAAGUCAUUCAAUUCCCAGUGGUAUUUGGAAUAAGCUAUUCAUCCAAUCAAAUUGUUGAUAAACAUACAUAUGCAUUAAAGGCCAAUAUUAGAAAUGAAAAUGGUGAAUUAUUAUACACCAAUGAAGUUCCUCUUCGAGUAACAUCACUUAAUGUUGAUCUAGACUACCGCAUUGAAGUACCUGUCAGACUUGCAGAAAAAACAACACCGGUGCCUGAAAAAAGUGAAUGGCCUGAAUUAGUUGGUAGAAAUGGCCAAGAAGCAAUUCGAAUUAUUAAAAAGCAAACAGGUUUUAAAGACGUAAUAACAGUCAAAGAAGGAUCAGUGAUGACAACAGAUUAUCGUACGAAUCGCGUACGUAUUUUUGUCGAUAAGCGAGGUAUUGUGACAAGGGUUCCAACUGUUGGUUAA